AUGGGCCUACGAGCAAAAACAACAACCACUACGGCAGCGGCAGCCACUUUGAAUAGUGCCGCCACAAAUGCCGGUAACAACAUCGGCAACAGUUCACCUUCCGCCAAACACAAACUAUUAAAUGGUGCCCGAAAAUUCAAUAAGGCCUUUAGUCGUGGCAGUACAACAUUUGUUGGCGGCAAUGGUUGCAUCGUCGCCAGCAACACCACCUCAACAACAAAAAUACCCACAUCGUCAUCACCGUCAUCGCCACCCUGCUUAAGUCCAAAUGGCAUAAAACAUAGUCCAUCAUCCUCUCUAAUGGAUCCACAUUCAUUCUGCAGUAUACGCACAUUUCGCAGCAGUUCAACAUCAGCUUUGGUCGUAGCCUCAAUGGCGUCCAAUAUGCGUCCUCAGACCCUUAAUGUACACCAUCAUCAACAGGCCCCGGCGGAUCAUACACAAUUGUUUUUGGGUGAGGUCCUAGCUGCCUGGCGUGCCAAAGCAAGAUGCAAUGUUGUACCUGCCGAACGUACUCAAGAAUUAUUUCAAGAGCUGAGUUUUCAUCCAAAUGACAAACAGAUCAGUGACAUGUUACAAACGGCUAAAUUAUUGGCCCGCAAAGGCAGUCGCCAAUCAAACGGUUUGACAUUUGGAGAAUUUUGUGUAUUGGCAGCUGAUUUGAAGAGAUUCCGCACAUCAACAUUUGGUUCAACAUCGCCCGGUUAUUGUGACAAAUCCCAUUUACUUAGCUCUCUAUUGGAUGAUAAUGCUCCAACAGCUGCUGAUAGUACCGGCGACACAAAUGAGCACAGCAACAAAACAACAAAAAAACAUGACAACACUACCAGCAACUCCAACAACAUCACCACCACAACAACAAAUUGCAGUUUUCCAGGAAGUGAACUGCGCAGCACAAAAUCAUUUAGCAGUGUCGAGGACUGCCAUAAAAAUGAAAAACAACAAAAAACUGGCGAAUCAUCGACAACAUCCGCUCCCGUUGAAGUAUUUCUGGGUGGCUCAUGUAAUCCAACCACCUGGCGUGCUGAUGUUGCCAUACCCGCCCUCAAAGAAUCAGGCAUUUCAUUUUAUAAUCCACAAGUUUCCGAUUGGACGCCAGAUCUCAUAGAACUUGAGCAUCGUGCUAAGGAGAAAGCGCGAGUGUUAUUCUUUGUUAUGGAUUCAGAAACACGCGCGUCUGCUGGUGCCAUUGAGGCGGCACAUAUAGCGGGUCAAAACUGCAAGCAGCUGGUGCUGGUCCUGCAUCCGUACAGGCCUAACCAAAAUAUACUCAAUGAACAUAUAUCUCAGCAAGAGUAUAUCGAUUUAACGCGCAAUCAAUUAAUCUUACGCGAACUGGUCACCCGACGUGGUCUGCCAGUGCUCAAUAAUAUACCCUCAGGUCUGCAGCGUACUAAGGAAAUUUUAGCCGGUUUUAGAGAUCCUCCUUCGAAUAUAGCUUCAAUUUUAGUUGUAAUACGUGGUGCCUUUGACCGUGUCAAUCCCGUGUAUGAUCACAUCACUGUUGAACAGUGUCAACGUGCUCUCUUGUAUUUGGGUUAUGCCCAAAGUCUGGUAAAUAUGGAUAAUUUACAAAAAAUCAUUGCCGCUCAACGUGAAGCUUUGCAAAGUCUCAAUAAUGAGGGGGAUAAUGAUGCUACCUCUGCAAAUGCAGUGGGUAAAGGCAGUACAAAGUCCUCCCCCUCAUCUUCGUCGUGUGCUCAAAAUCCUACAAACAGCAGCAAAAAUAUCGCCGAUCAAAUUGAUUUUAAUUUAUUCUGUGUAAUAUCGGCCUAUUUAUCGGUACUGCAGCAGGAAAUACACGAAAGUGGUUGUAUAUCACCCAUUAAGGGUACCAAUGUGCCACCGCCACCAGUUUAUCUCUCAAAUUUGCAGGGCGAGGACACCUUUGCCAUAACCUAUUUUAGCAAAAAUAUUUCACGCACAUCAAGUAAUGCCAGUGUCCCAGGCAGUGAAGAACGUCUAACCAAUUCUCACGAUCUAUUGGGACGUAAUCGCGAUAGUGGCACCUCCUCACCCCAGCCCACAGAACCCUUACGCUCACGCUCUCAAACCCUUUUGGCCAAGGGAGGCAAACAACAGGUCCUUCUCAAUGUGGAAACCAUCGAGACCACAGAGGUCACCACCACUCAAACCAUACAAACACAAGCUGCAACAGCGGCCGCAGCAGCAGCUUAUGCAGCUCAACUGGUAGAUAUGUCUACCCAAACCUCGGUCACCGAAGAGGAAAGUGAUUCAAAUGAUUCGGUAUUUUCUAGCAGUAGUUCCAUCAACUCGAUCAACUACUGUGAUCCAUUGGCUGGCAUAACAACAGCGGUACCCGAAUUUCGUGAUGUCUAUUUGGGUGGUAGUUGCUAUUUACGCACCAAAUGGCGUCAAGAGCUGGCCAUCCCAUAUUUCAAAUCGAAAGGCAUAACAUUUCAUCUGCCCGCCUUACAUGAAAGUCUUAACCCCAGUCAAUUGGACUUACCCGAUAAGGUGGCGGCCGAAGAUGAUAACAAUAAAUCAUCAGGGCCCAAUUGGCGUAUCAACAGCCGGCAACCCACCUCGGCAGCUAGUAAUUUUAUGCGUACCCGAAGAAAAUGCCGUACCAAUAGCAGCAGUGGCAACAAAACCAAUGAAGAAACCGUAGAAGAGUUAACCAUAGCUGAGGAAUCUCUAAGUUGGACAUUGUCACCAGUGCGACCGAAUCUCUUUAAUCCAUCACUGUUGGACUCUAGUCGAGUCCUGCUUUUUGUUAUAACCAAUGAAACACGCUCUCUGGCACCCAUGACAUUAGCAGCUCACUGUAUUGGUCUUAUGUAUAAUGUUGUAUUGGCCGUACAAAUGCUGCCGGAUGAUUGUGUUAUUGGCAAUGAAAAGCUCACACCAACCGCCAUUAAGGAUUACAAUCGUGGCCGUUCCUAUUUAAUCGAUUUGGCCAAACGUCAGGGUGUACCCGUCUUUGAUGAUAUUAAGGCAGCUUUGGAAUGUACCGUCGAGAAGAUACAAUCCUACAACUCCAGGCGUUAUGAAUAGAUUAAAAAAAGAAAAUAUAAAA